GAAAAUAAUGUCUUCUCUAGUAUUAGGAUGGAGAAACAUCCAAAAGCCUUUAAAAAAUGAAUAUAUUGAGGUUCAAACAAGUGAUGAAGAACAAAAUUAUGAUCCUAUCAAAUCAAAGGAACAAAAAAUUUCAAAUAUCAACGACGUUCCGAAAGAAAGAAGUUUAGCUGUCGAGGCAAUAUUUCCGAUAUUAAUAUCAGCAGCAGGAUUGAUGCUUGCAGGAUGGCUUUUAGACAUGGUUCAAAGUUGGCCAGUUUUUACCAAUGUUCCAGAACUGUAUAUUUUGGUACCGGUGUUAUUAAAUUUGAAAGGAAAUCUUGAAAUGAAUUUAGCAUCACGAUUGUCAACUUCGGCAAAUUUAGGCGAGUUAGAUAUUCCAUCGGUUCGGUACACACUAAUUUGGGGUAAUCUCGCAGUCCUCCAAAUACAGUCGUUGGUCGUGGGAGCAAUUGCUGGGUUGUUUUCUUCUAUAGAAGGAAUAAUCUUUAAUCCAAGUCAUAUAAUAGCAUAUCAUGAAAUCAUGUCAAUAGUAGUUGUUUCAAUGGUGUGUGCUGCUUUAAGUAGCAUGAUAUUAGGGACACUUAUGUGUAUUCUCAUAAUAUUAUCAAGAAAAUUUUGCAUAAAUCCAGAUAACAUUGCAUGCCCUAUGGCAUCGUCACUCGGUGAUAUAUUCACAUUAAUAGUUCUUUCUUCAUGUAGUGAAUUAUUUUUUAGUUAUCUUUAUUCAUGGGCCAGUACUGUCAUGUUCUUAAUUUUGGCUGUGAGUGUUCCUCUAUGGACGUCUAUGGCAUGGACUAAUAAAUUAGUUCGACGUUUGUUGGUUGAAGCAUGGACUCCUCUUUUCGUUGCUAUGGUGAUUUCAAGUAUUGCUGGAUUGGUAUUGGAAAAAUAUAUUGAACAAUAUCAUGGGCUCGCAUUUCUAACUCCUGUACUUAAUGGAAUAAUUGGUAAUUUAGGGUCUAUAUACGCAUCAAGAAUAUCCACUCGUCUUCACUGUGGCACUGAAGAAGAUUAUUAUCAAUCUGAAUUAACACUAUUCUUAAUUAAUAUUCCAAUCGAAAUACUCAUUUUGGUAAUUGCUUGGUGGCUCG